ACUCGACACUUUUAAAAAAUUUUAGCUGUUCUCUCUGCUGGUGGCAAUGGCUUUAAUCCCACGAAGAAUGUCAUCUACAGCUACAGCAGCUGCAGCUCUCGUCCUAUGGUUUUUACUCUUGUCUUCUUCGCUGAUACUCUCCAUCGAUGCUGCUUCUAACUUAUCCUUAGGGAUUAAUUCCGCAGCAUUUGGAUUCUUUUGUCUUUUUACGAUUGAGAAUGAGUACAUUACAGAGACCAUGAAGUUGCAUAUCUCGCCGAGCUUAAUAGUAGAGAAUUCUCCAGGUUUGAAGCCUGGAGCUAAAGUAAAAUGUGAGAGAGUUCUAGUUCAUGGUUUACCAAGGAUUAAGCAUUUGAGAAAGUUUGCCAAUUCCUUGAAGGUGAAAGUGUCAUGUACGAAUCCAAGUGCCAUUUCUCCACGUAUAGAUGUCUGUUUCCACAGGAAUGCAUCUCUUGGUGUAGGGAUGUGCCCUCAAGAUCAAUGGGAAAGGCUCUCAAAAGGAUUGUGGAUGAAACCGAUGUCUCCUUUUGAUCACAAAAUCUUAGACAUAAGAGUGGGAACAUCUUAUUCAGAGGGUCUUGAGGUGUCUUUUGAUGAAGAAUUCUUUUUGUACAGGAUAUUAUUCCUAGUUUCUGGAAUUGUGUUGAUGAGUCUGGCUUAUUGGCUUAGCCAGUCUUUGGUUUUCUACUACAGUGGUGCUAUGGUUAUAGGGAUCUUUCUUGUGAUAUUAAUGAUCCUUUUCCAGGGGAUGAAGCUUCUUCCAACUGGUCGGAAGAGUUCACUUGGAAUAUUUUUGUACUCAUGCUUUAUUGGCUUGGGAUCUUUUCUGCUUCAAUAUGUGCCAAAAUUAUUACGGGCUCUGAUGGCCGAGAUUGGAAUUCCCGAAGACAUGCACGAUUCUCUGGCAAUACUUCUGCUGGUUUUCCUUGUAAUUACUGGCGCUUGCUUGGGAUUUUGGGUCGUUCGUAAACUUGUGCUCACAGAAGAUGGAUCUAUUGACUUUGGAGUAUCUCAAUUUGUCACCUGGUCACUUCGAAUGGUUGCCUCCGUGAUGAUUCUUCAGAGUUCCUUAGAUCCUUUAUUGGCAGUUGGUGCAUGGGUUGGUGGAAUUGUUAUAUCUUUGUUGUUGAUGUCUCCUCGCCCAAAGGUUGUUCGGCGUGUCUGCAGAAAAUUGCGUAGGCUGAAAAGGCUUAAUCUCAGGGAGCCUCUUGAUCCAUAUGCAUCGCCAGUCACCAACCCUUCUAUUCCCAGGCCCCCUGCCAGGUCUCCAUAUACUUCCGUUCCAGGUUCAAGAAGUAAGUCACCUGAAAGGUUUUCAGAUUCUCAGACUUUCUACUCCACCUUCCAUGACACGCCCGACCGAAGGAAAUUUGCAAAGGCUGAAUGGAAAUCGUUCACGAGGGAGUCCACACGCAAAGCCCUAGAAGGGCUUGUUUCAUCACCAGAUUUCAGCAAAUGGGCUGUGGCCCAUGCAGACAGGAUAACCUUAGCCCCAAAGAAGGAAAGUUCAGCACAACAGAGGAGAUGGUUCCACUGGUUUUAAAGAUGAAAGCACUUUUGCCUGGAAAAUCCCCCUCAUUUCACAUGUUAACUCCAUUGACAUUGUAGUGUUGUCAACUCUACUCUUGGCUGACCAUUUAUGAUGUACAACUAAUACAUUUUGAUGAUAUAUGCUGCAUUCGGACAUGGUUGCUCGGCAGAUAUAUGAAUAUUGUCCAAGUUUCUGUCGGGCAUGUAGCUGGUAAAUAGCAUUCAGGGAUUUAUGUGGUUGUUUUCAGAUGUUAGUAGAUAUGCCAUGAGCUUCGACACUGAUUAAGCAAACAGGCAAUGAAUGAUGUUUCAAUAUCUGCUCAAUUGUGGUAGCUCAAGCUUCCUCUAUUUGUUUUUCAUUUUCUUGUUGGAUAUUAUAUCAAUGGGUUCUUUGUAUAGCUCAUGCGAAUUCACGUGGUGAGAGAUGCAAGAGUUCUUGCACCCCUUUCUCUUCAAUAUUGGGUACCAAUUUGAGGUAAAAUUUCUGCGACUCUAAAUUUGUUUUUUCGUGUAUAUAAACUGUGAUGUGUUUCAUGAUACGUAUGUCUUUCCAAAUUGGUGAAAAUUCACAAUAAGUUUGUGCAUAUUCUUGCCGUUGUUCAGGUGCCUUUGUCAA